CUUCCGCAGGCGCACUUCCCCUUCCGGCUAAACAGCGCCUGCUCCUGCCGACGUGUUCUUCCGGCGCGGAGCGGCGGACGACCCUGUGGUCGGCAGAAUGGAGCUCGAGGCCAUGAGCAGAUACACCAGCCCGGUGAACCCGGCUGUCUUCCCUCAUCUGACUGUGGUGCUGUUGGCCAUUGGCAUGUUCUUCACGGCCUGGUUCUUCGUUUACGAGGUCACCUCCACCAAGUACACGCGGGACAUCUACAAAGAGCUCCUCAUCUCCCUGGUGGCCUCGCUCUUCAUGGGCUUUGGCGUCCUCUUCCUGCUGCUUUGGGUCGGCAUCUAUGUCUGACCGCCCACAGGUUCCUACCAGGCGGCCUCACGGAAUCCCUGCUUUUGUAAAUUAAUUUUUUUACUAUUGCCAGAAGUGUCCCCCACUGUUGCUCGCAAUAAAGUCAGAUGACCCGG